AUGUCUCGACAUGGCGGCGCGACAUCAUCCGGUCCGCGCAAGGGGCCGCGAUGGUCCCAUCUCCGUCUGCCGAGCGGCUCCGUCUACGAUCGCGCACUAGCCGCCGAAUCUCCAGGCUCCCCGGGGAGCUCCUCGACGCACUCGACGGUCAAGGAGCACAAGCUGCGCCGGCUCGAGCGGUAUUGCCAUGUCGUCGUCAACGAGGGCUAUGCAAAAGACGAGGUCCUGCUCAACCUCGACCUCGUCGGCUCCGACAUCAAGCCUGGCUCGCUCGUGUCCAUUACGCCGCUGCGGGGCGACUCUUCGAGGGCCUCCUCGGCGGCGUAUGGCAGCUUGAACAAGCAGCCAGUCGCUGACCAUGGCGAUGGCUCCAAACCGACGCUUGGCGGCCAUAGCGAGCACGACUGCGCCCACAGCAGGUUCAUUUUUAUCGCGAAGGACAUGCCCAAAGAGCUAAAGGCCCGCCAGCCCGACGUCGAGGUUUACGUCGUCAAGCACAUCGCCGACGCCUUUGGAAUCAAGAAGGGCACCCAAGUGUUGCUAACCCCUGUAGACAAGGACCGCCCCGCGACAGAGGCGACGCACGUCGAGCUGACAUUCAAAGACCAAUAUAUUUCAAGGGCAGACAUGUGGAGGCUUACGGCGGGCGAGCUCACGCAGCGAACCGUCUACAAGGGGCAGUCGAUCCUAUUCUUAGGCACCAUCAAGGCGCAGGUCACCGCAGUCUUCGUUGAGGGCAAAAAAGUUCACUCGGCCUUCUUUGUGCGCGAUACCCGUCCCAUCUUCCGCAGUGAGUCCGCGAGAUAUGUCUUGUUCAUCCAGAUGGCAAGGGAAAUGUGGGACUUUGACUCGGAGAGCUCGGGUGAAAUCAUGUUCGACAAGGUGGUCAAUGGGUUUCUGCCCGCCAUGUUCAAGCGAUGGGUAUUUCUCAAAGUCAAGCACCUCGUCAGCAUCGUCCUCUUUGCCCGCGUCGAGUACGACACAGGCCUCAGCAAUGAGCUCGCCAGCAGCGCCUUGCGCUGCGACUAUUACACGGGUAUCCAACCGUCGGGCAACCGCCGGCCUUACAAGGACUUUUACCGCGUCGUUGUCAGCCAAAUGGCCAGCGGGGAAUGGACAAAGAUCCUUUACCAGCUGAAGCGCGAGUUCAACUUUUUCCGGCGCGACAUCAGCCUGCACCAUCAAAUGGUCAAGGCCGAGUCCUCCUUAUCCAUCCACGGAAAUGUGCUCGAGGCGAUUAACCUUGCUGCUUCGCAGUUUGCUCAUGACUACAUCGACAGAGACCUCAAGCGCACCGGCAUCUCAAUCGCCGUCAUCACCCCGGGACCGGGCGUUUUUGAAGUCGAUUACGAGACUUUACGAAGGACGACGGAGGCGCUGGUUGGCAACGGCAUCGGCAUCGACCUGAUCUGCAUGCCCCGGAUGCCCCUCCACUCUACGCCCCUUUUCAAGUAUCGAAACCCCCAAUAUUCUGAAGAUGGACCCUCGGGUCCCGGGGCUACCUUGUCUCGAUCAUUCCACAGCCACGACAGUACUCCGAAUCAGCCGACUCCUAUUGUCGGAAGCUACCAGUCCAUGGCGUCCUCGUUCUCGCCCACGAAAGCCUCAACCGUCGUCCGCCGCAUUGAAUCGUUGGCUCUCACCGCAGCGAGCGAGGAGUGGUGCUAUGCAUUGCCGCAAUGGCUUCACGUGUCGUUCUGGACAGGCGUUGAGCAAGACGAUGAGGAUGAGUUCAAGAUUCGCUGUCGCAUGUACGACUUGCAAAUGAGGAGCGUCCUGGAUGUCAACGAGAUCGAAGCAGCCCCACUGCAGGCAGACGCCCACUACCCGGCCCAGGCGAUCGAUGCCAGCCCCGCCUCGAGACGUCGCCAGGACCGGCUGGGCGAUGUCCUGUAUACGCCGAACUGCCGUGUUCCGGAGUCCCUUGUGGAUAGUGUCUUGGGGAUUCAGAAAUUCGUGCCCGACAGGCUGGUCCGGCCGGGGGAAAAGUCUGUGUGGAAGCAGCUCCACGAGUUUGACGAUUCGCGGAGCCGCCUAUCAGCUAAUAGGCAAUUUCAUCAGAAGUUCUCUCUGACCCCUGCUGAAGCGGAGACGCCUGUUGUGGCAGCCGGAAAGAAGCCUCUCGACCCGCCCGUCAGCGUAGCAAAAGCAGUCGCUCCGCCCAAGUCGCUCAAGCCGCCCAAGUUCAUGAGACACAUCAGCCUGGGACAGCGUGGCUUUGGCAUUGCCGCCCCCAAAGUGGCAAUUGCAGAGGUAAAGGCAGAGACGGUCAGCGCCUCCGUCGUUGGCACAGGAGACCUGCGGCCGCCCUCUACUCCGCGAUCCGUCUCUGAACUCCGACCGUCGACCCCGCAGACAAUUGUCAGCCAGUCGUCUCCUUUGUCUGCGCAGCGGCCCAGAUCAGAGACUUGUGAGUCCGUGACCGACGGUUUCUUUGCGACGCCGAGCAUACCCAUCACGAAACGGGACGGGCAUGCCCAGGUCACCCUGACGGCCAGCCAACUCAUGCCGCCUUCACUGGCUUGGCAGUCAUCCGGCGUUCGACGAGACCGGCAUCACGACAGCGAAAUUGGUUACUCGAAUGCGUUGCGGGCGGAAGAUGCGCAGAAGGUAUAUACUAGUAAGCUGCGCGCCGGCGUAGUCCCCGAGCUGCCAUCGACGCUCUCCUCCACAACCACCAUCACCCCAUGGCUGAGCCUGCUGAAUCCAUCCAAUCCUGAGCGCCAUCGCAUAGACGACACGGUACUGUACAGCCGAUGGCAGCACGUGUUUCCCAGGACGUCGGACAUGAAGGUGCAAAGGUGGAAGACGUUCUGCUGCCCUGCGGCCGUGCCUUUAACGACGGAAUACUUUCCUUCAAAGGCUCAGUUCGAUGCCGAGUAUCAGCGCCAUCCGUACAAUGUCGAUCAGAACCUCGACGACGAAAUGGCUGAUGAAACGCGGACUCGCAAAGAGUUUAUAAGGGAACUCAUCAGCAUGCGCUUCUCGCAAGGCUUUCAGGUCGUCGUCGGGCCAUCCGUCGCGCGGGCUUUUGGCCAGAAACUCAUCAAAGUGGCCGACGUCUUUUCCCGCGACCAGCCUCUCGACGACGGGACCAGCUUGUUUAUGUCCGUCGGAAAUACCAUACACCAACUUUCCUGCAUAAACGGAACUGAGGUCGAGGUCACCAUUUACGUGCGCAAGCCAACGCAGCCCUCCGUGUCGUCACUGGGGUUUUCUCCAAUAUACAAGCCGGCAAUCCGGACUCUGCUCGACUCCCAGUACGAGACCAGGCACAUUGAUAUUCUAGCGCCCAAUCCGGAACGAAACUGGAAUACUAUUGACUCCUACCUCGCUGGUCAUCAUGAGGAGAUGAUGGAAAGCUUGAGGUUCUGGCGUGCGAGGUUUGUGCUCAUCCCCCUCAGCCCAAAGCACCCGUCGAUUCAGAAAACGCAAACGGGCGACAACCCCGAAGAACUCCGAAUCGAAGGGAUCAAGCGGCUGGCUCAGCUGUGGCAGAAAAAUCGCUUUUUCCCGCCGUCGGAGAAACGGUUUCAGACCCGGGACAACCGACAAAACCCUCUGGACAUUGUUUAUAAGACAGAAGAUCCAUCUGUGGUUAUUGCCGCCGAACUCGAGACACUGCCGCUUCUGGAAGGCCUAGAAGGAGUCCAUCGCAAGGGCAAGCUCGUGACGAGAAAGGAGCGUUUUCAAAAAUCCCACAUCAACCUCGCCGCCCUGGCCGAGGCAAUGCAGCAGCCGGUGGAGAAUGGCGGCGUGCCUCUGCGAAAUCGACGUUGGCAUCUUCGUCUGCACAACGCCGCCUUUAUCGGAUCCGACAUGACCACCUGGCUGCUGGACAACUUUGAAGACCUUGCGGAUCGCGAAGAGGCGGAGCAGCUGGGCAAUGCUCUGAUGGACAAGGGCUUGUUCGUUCACGUGGAGAAGCGGCACAAAUUCCGAGAUGGCAAUUACUUCUACCAAAUCGCCCAUGACUUUGCGCGGCAGCAACCCGGCUGGUUCAGCUCGAGGCGGCGAGACGCGUCUGUGCCGGCGACGCCCAUGUCAGAAUCCGGAGCCCGGGACUCGCCCCAUGGCGGCUUUCCCCGCCCGCCCGGCUCUGCCAACGAGGGACAGUCACCGGCCUCGACUUCGGCCACGCCCACCUUUGGCACGGUGCACGGAGCCAAUAACCGUCCUCGGGUCGUGCUGAGCAAGAUGAUCAAGUACGACACUGAUCCUCGCAAGCGGUCGUACCGUCCCGAACGGAUAGACCUGCACUAUGACCGCCUCCAUAACCCGGACAACUGCUUCCACAUACGCAUCGACUGGAUGAACGCGACGUCCAAGCUCGUCCAGGACGUGAUUGAAAGCUGGGAGAGGGAGGCCAGUCAGUACGGUCUGCGCCUGGUCGAGGUUCCCAUCCACGAGGCAAGCAGGAUCACCGAAUCGAAUCCGUUCCGGAAGCCCUACCCCAUCAAGCUCGCCGCCCGACCCCCGGACGAGAAACCGGAGGCUUACUACGACCCGAACUCACUGGGACCGCAGAUUGCGCCGAGCAAGCACUUCUACCAGACGGCCAUACUCCGGAGCUUUGACUUUGUCCUCGACCUGGAGGCGGCAUCUAACUUCCCGAGCAACGUGGAUGUGCGAUACUCCUGGGGCAAGCCCGACUACCAGUAUACGCAGUUCAUCCACCGCUCUGGCGUCCUCCUGGCCCAGAUCACCCACGAAGGCAACUUCCUCGUCCUGGCGAACCGGCUGUAUAAUAAGAGAGUUGUGGGCGCCGUGCGGGACAAGGAGGUGCGUGUCGUGGGCACGGCCGACCAGCCGCACCUUGACCGGGGCGGCGGGCGUUCCAUGGGCAUCGCGGGCUUCAGCACCUACAACCUGCCCGAGCCCACAACCAUGGCGUCGCCCCUGGUGCGCCCGACGUUCCACCGCUUCUCCCCCGUCGCGCCCUCGGCCGAGGCUGCCCAAUCGCCCAAGCCGCCCGCCGUGCGCGCCCACCCAGAGGGCCUCAAGGACGAGCUCGAGAUGUUUUGCGACGACCGGGCGGCUCUCGACGCGUUUUACAGGGAGACGCUUGAGAAGGGCAAGCGCGCCGGCGGCACGCCCUCGUCGGCGGCGGCGGCGUCCGCCCUCGAGCCCGUCCCGGAGGCUAGCAUCCCCUCGCUGGGCCUCCCGCCCGGCGUGCUCGGCGGUGUGAACUCGGGCGCGGGCGGAGCCGCAGCCGGCAGUGGCGCCGGGGAGGCGGGAGAAGGAGCAGCGGCAGCCGGCGGGAGCAGUCCCGCGGCGGGCAGCGUGCGGAUCGGCAGUCCCACGGUGUUGCUGCGGAGGGGGAGCUUGCAGUUUGACGGCUUGGGGCUCGGGUCCAGGGGUAACAAGUAA